CAGGCUAGUCAGGAGCGGCAGCAGCGAGCUGACCGGAAAAGAGCUGAGAGCGAGCUCUUGUUCGGAGAGAUCGGGGAGAGAGAGAUGUUGUCUGUGUGUCUUGUGUGUCUUGUUUGUUGCAUUGCACUGCAGGUGUGCAAGACUGACUGCUGCCACCGAGUCGCCCGCCUCGUAGCUGACAUCCAUCGUCCAUUGUCUGCCGCUGUACUCGCUCUUCCAGCCCAGCCACUCGCCACCAACCAAACCAAUGCAGCAGCCUUGCCUCUUGGUCCUUGCUGGCCUUCUUGUGAGCGGCUAUCUGAUGUCCGUUCGUGGUGACCCUGCACCAGCUGCGGGAAGUGACACCUCGGUGACGACCCCUGCACCAGCUGCAGAAAAUGACACCUCGGUGACGACCCCUGCACCAGCUGCAGAAAAUGACACUUCGGUGACGACCCCUGCACCAGCUGCAGAAAAUGACACCUCGGUGACGACCCCUGCACCAGCUGCAGAAAAUGACACCUCGGUGACGACCCCUGCACCAGCUGCGGGAAGUGACACCUCGGUGGCGGCGAUUGAGGCGACGGAGGCAGACUUUGACGAACACAUCAAGGGGAGUCCCCAUGUGCUGGUCAUGUUCUACGCGUCAUGGUGUUUACCCUCCCAGCGGAUGCUGCCUGUCUUCGACAACGUCACCCAGAUCUUGGCUACACACGACCCUGCCGUCAAGCUGAUCAAGAUCGACUGUGCAGACGGCACCUUCGACGGUUGGCUUGACCUCUGCGAUGAUGAUGGCUACCAUAUCGAUAGUGUUCCCACCUUCAAGCUCUUCACAGACGGCAGCGUGAAGGCGGCCGUCGAGCGGCCGUCAAGAUACUGGAUGAAUGCCACGACUGCGCACGGCGGCAAUUACGAGGGCGAGACGGGCGUCAACUUGAUUGUCGACUGGGUGGACGGGCAGCUGAACAACGUACGCCAAACACACACACAGGUGGAUGGACGACCACCGAUUGUCUGUCUGUGCGUGUGUCGUGCUGUGUGCAGGUGGAUGGUCACAGCGACAAGGGCGGCAAGGGCGGGAACGGCCUGAUGAUCGCCGGUAGGUGGUGACCUUGGCUUUGGCACUCUGGAGGCUGACCCGACACACACAGAGGGAGAUGUGUAGAGAUGUGGAGGUGUCUGUAUGUGUCUGUGUCAGCUAUCGUGAUAUCGUUGGUUUUGUUCGCUUCUUUCAUUGGGGCCUGUGUCAUGAGAUACCUUUACUGGUCAGUCAGACAACACAACGGCGAGAAUGAAUGCACAUCAUCAACCCAUCCCCUCCUCCUACCCUCGCCUGUCUGCCGUGUGGUGGUGGUGGUUCAGGGUAAGAUUGCCGGGUGUGUGUCUGCGUGAUGUGUGCAGCAAGGACAGCGCGCGGGGCUCCUGCAUGAUCCGUCAGCCGAUGGCGCGGCAGGAGGGCUCCCCCAGCAGCCUCUCCACUUCAUCAUCGCGGCUGCCGUUACAACUGCCCUAGCUAUCUAUGCCAGCGACGUGACGACACUUAUUAUUCGACAAUCUGCAUGUUGAUCUAUCUUCGUGUGGGUGUGCGUGCUGUGCGGUGCGGUGGGUGUCUGUGGGGUGUGGGUAUUUUAUGCCCGCCCACCUCUCGGCCUCUCUGCCUGCCUGCCUACCUGUCUGCCUGUCGGCCUUUAUGGCGACAGGGCGUGUCAUCCAUCAUGUGUGUGCGGAUGUGUACAGUGUCUAUCGGAUUAAGAUGACGAUCGCUUUGUUAUUUGUCCACUACUCACUCACUCGCUCACUCACUCACACUCACCCUACCGCUUAUGCGUGCAGUUCAGUUCAGUGCAGGCGCAUCAUGUGGCUGUGUGCGAAUGGGUUAUCGAUCGGCAGCAAGUGCGGGGGGUGCGGUGUGAUUUGGUGGAUCGGUAUGUUCGUCUGCUCUCCUCUCUGGUCGCUCUGUGGGCUGGUGCGACUGGUCACAUCAAUCUGGUGGACCAGCGACAGACAGACAGACAGACAGAGGGAGGGAGGGGUUGACCUAGUGGAUGGAUGAUCACAUGCCGGCCCGUUGAGGGCCGGCCGACCUGUCUGUCCUUCUUAUGUCCCAGUCGGUGUUGUUUGUCAAUCAACAAAGUCAGUGGGUGGCUGUCGAUUGUCUGUUGUCUGUUGGGCUGGCUGAUUGCAUUGCGUGGUUCUGUGUGGAUGUGCGGUGUGGGUGGGCUGAUUAGUUGUGCAGACACGUGCAGAGAGAGAUAGAAGACUACAGACACAUUCGUACG